UCGAAUGUGAGAGAGAGAGAGAGAGAGAAAGGUGUUGGGUUUGUUGGUAGAGAACACGCUGCCAACAAUCCAUUCUCAUGUGUUGAGCCUGGCUGGUUCCCCAAACUCUAUCCACCGAAAUCACAGCUACACCUUUCGUCCAAAACAAUCUGUUAGCUCUUAGAUUUCAUAUCCAUCUUUCCAUCUUUCUCUCUACUCUGCAUCAGCAUGUCUUCCCUCAAACAAAUAUUGCUCUAAUUCUUCAGUUACCUCACACCUUUUCUUUUCCUCUACAUUGUCUUCACUAUCUCAAAAAGGAUGGGAAGAGUUAAAUUGAAGAUAAAGAAAUUAGAGAGCAUAAGCAAUCGGCAUGUCACUUUUUCAAAGAGAAAAAGUGGAAUUUUGAAGAAAGCAAAGGAAUUAUCAAUACUAUGUGAUAUAGAUAUUGUCCUUCUCAUGUUUUCUCCAACAGGAAAGCCUACAUUGCUACAAGGAGAGCGCAGCAAUCUUGAGGAGGUCAUUGCAAAAUUUGCUCAACUUAGCCCACAAGAAAGGGCCAAAAGGAAAAUGGAGAGCCUUGAAGCGCUAAAGAAAACCUUCAAGAAGUUGGAUCAUGAUGUAAAAAUACAAGAUUUCGUAGGUACAAGCAGUCAAACAGUGGAGGAAAUGUCUCACCAAGUGAGGGUUUUACAAGCUCAACUAACAGAAGUACAUCAGAGACUGAGCUAUUGGAAUAAUCUAGAGAAGAUCAAUCACUUGGAACAUCUUAGGCAAAGGGAAGACUCACUACGGAAAUCAAUCAAUCGAGUGUGCCUCCAGAAGGAAAAUUUAGGAAAGCACCAACUGAUGUCACUUGAAUGUGCUAACCAGUUGCAGGAAGGGAUGACAUUACCCUUGAUGAUGGCAAAUCUGCAAGAAUCCCAACCCCUGUCUUGGCUUUUGAAUAAUGAUAAUCAUCAGUUGAUGUUACCUAAUGAACCAAAAUAUCUAUCAUUUAGUGAUAAUACCAAUAGAGAUGCUGAGUGCUCAACUGACAUUUCACUCCCAAGCUAUUCUGGUUAUAUUGGGAACAAUAAACUUGAAGUUGGCAGCUCUCCUCAGGUCAAUACAUUGGGUCAGGGAGGUGGUGCCAUGAAUGAGUUAAAUGGAACUACUUACUUAAAUGUACAACGAUGUGACCAGUUUGCAUACCCUCCUCCACCAGAUAUUGAGGAAGUGAAAAAUUACCCAACAAUGAACAACAGUAAAUCAAACACUGUGGAUUACCAAGUUAAUAGCAACUUCGAUCUUCCCAGGUCACUGUUUGAAAAUGGACACCAGUUUUGGAAUUCUGCUUCUGGGUCUUGUGGGAUUGCCAUGUAUAAUGAGAAUGGCUACCAUAGGUAAUUGACUGGUUCAACUCUUCAUGCUAGCCUUUUUUUUUUUUCAAGUGAGAAGGAUGUUAGCUGAUAAGGACAUGAGCAAUGCUUGAAAAUUAUCUCCACAAAAACGAUAUUAGGUUGCCUCUCCACCUAUGAGGACAACGGGGCUCAUAAGAGUGGGCUAUUUUAGGUGUAUAUAUUGUAUGACUUGUAGGAUGCAGAUUGUUCACAUACAAGUAUUCAUGUUGACUAACUUGUUAACUAACUUGUUUACUGGUAGAUUUUUGGAAUUGACUCAGUGAUCCAAGCUGUAAAUUUUAAUUUUGUACAAAAGUAAUUUUAUGUGCCCGAGACUCGAGUGCAGUUGUCUUAGAAAAUAGUUACUUGAAAUGAAAGUUUAUUCGGCCCCUUAUACA